AUGCGCCUCUGCUGCUCGCUUUUUUACUUCCAUCUGCUCCGUCUGGUCGGUUCAAAGUUCAACCUUCAGGCGUUCAUACUGACUUUCCUCUUCCUUACCGAACCAGACUUCUCUCGCCCGCGGAUCCGGAUUGCUCCCGCUGAUCCAGACUUUGAGCAUAGCCUUGCUCUAAGGAAAUUAGAGAAAAACAAAAAUAAUACAAAAACAAAACAAAAACAAAACAAAAACAAAACAAAAACAAAACAAAAACAAAACAAAAACAAAACAAAAACAAAACAAAAACCAAAAAAGAGAUUACAAACCAGAUCCAGGCCCACCACCGUCAGGGACCGAAGCUAG